AUGUCGGGUAAAGAAGUCUGCGAAGUUUUCCGUCCCAUUGCUACUUUCUCCAAAAAUAUAUGGAGAGACCAAUUUCUUCCUGCUCAUGACUUGUCUCAGGUAUUUGAUUCUUUAACCAAAGAAAUUGACCCGUUGAAAGAGAAAGUGAAGGACAUGUUGAUGGCUUCUACAGCUGAUCCUAUUGAGAAUGUUAAAUUCAUAGAUGCUCUGCUUCGUCUUGGUGUUUCAUAUCACUUUGAGAAUGAUAUAGAAAACCAAUUGGAAAGCAUUUUCAAUUCCCUCCAAAGUGUCCUUGUCGCCGGAAAUGACCUUGACUUAAACUCUACUUCUAUUGUCUUUCGAGUUUUCAGACAAUAUGGCUUUAAAAUGUCUUGCGAUGUUUUCAACAAAUUCAAAGACAUUGAUGGAAAGUUGAAAGAAAUCCUGAUCGAUGAUGGUAAGGGAAUAUUAAGUCUGUACGAAGCUAGCCAUCUGAGAGUUCAUGGAGAGUGUAUAUUAGAGGAAGCCCUUGCAUUCACCACGGAAAACUUGAACUCAUCGGCAAACAAGUUUAGCCCGCUUCUUGUCAAGCAAAUAACCAACGCCCUUGAUCAGCCAUUGAACAAAUCCCCUCCAAGGCUGGCGGCAAGGACCUAUAUCUCUUUCUAUGAGGAAGAAGUGUCCAGAAAUGAGAUCCUGCUAAAGUUUGCAAAGCUAGACUUUAAUCGAGUACAACUACUUCAUAAACAGGAGAUCAGCCAAAUCGCAAGGUUUUGGGAGGACAACAAGUUUUCCUCUGAGCUUUCUUAUGCACGGGAGAGAUACGUGGAGGUCUACACAUGGAUCAAUUCCCUUUAUGAACCUCGCUAUACACAGUGGCGGAUACUUCUUUCUAAGCUGUUAGUAGUUAUAUCAAUUUUAGAUGACACGUUUGAUGCAUAUGGGACACCUCAAGAGCUUCAACGUUUUAUAGAUGCGUUAAAGAGGUGGGAGAUUGGUGCUCUGGAUGAGUUGCAAGAUUACACUAAAGUUAUCUGCAAGGCCGUGCUUGCGGUUUUUGAUGAAAUAUAUGAAGAGGCUACGAAGGAAGGAAGAUCUUAUUGUGUCCCUUAUGCAAAAGAGGCUCUCCUUCAAUUAGCGAACGACUAUCAUGCUGAGACGAAAUGGUAUCAUGAUGGUUAUGUACCAACAUUUGAGGAGUACAUGAGCGUUGCAAAGAAGACAUCCACUUUCGGUGUAUUGAUGACAAUAGCAUUCAUCGGGAUGGGGGAAAUGGCAGGGACAGAAGCAUUUGAAUGGCUCCGAAAGGAACCCAAAAUUAUGGAGGCUAUAGAUGUUAUAGGUCGUCUCAUGGAUGACAUAGUGUCACAUAAGUUUGAGCAAUUGCGAGAGCAUGCGCCUUCCAGUGUUGAAUGCUUCAUGAAACAACACAACCUUUCAGAGAAACUUACUCUUAAAGCAUUUGAGAAACUGUUGGAGGAUGCAUGGAAGGAUAUAAACGAGGAAUGUAUGACACCUACAGUCGUUCCAAGAGAUCUGCUCUUACGACAUUUGAACUUUGCUCGACCGUCAUAUAUGUUUUAUAAGCAUGGAGAUGGUUACACAGAUCCCAAAUAUGUGAAAGAUUACAUCCGUACGUUGUUCGUUGAUCCGAUACCCAUUUAAAGACUCGUUUUCCAGCUUUCUUGGUGCUUGGCC